CACACACACACACACACACACACACACACACGCACACACACUGUUUCUCUCUCUCUCUCUCUCUCUCGCUGUCUCUCUGAUGACUGAACGAAGACUGAUCCGAUGUGGGUGGCUACCGUACUCCACCAACCGGUAGGUCCGCUUUCGGCGGUCCACGUCUCUUGUCCAAGUCCCAAACUUUUUGCUCCCUCGCUACGCAAAGUCGACACGUUUCGUUUUCGUACUCGAUACCCGUUUCGCAAUUUCAAAGUUUCAGCGGCAAAGAAGCAGCUGACUCGGACUCGGAAAACAGAAUUAUGGGUUGGUGGUGUUGCAGAGAGUGAAAAAUUAUCAGCACGAGAAGAGGACGAUGGAGGUUUCGAUAUCGGGUGGUUGCCUUCUUUCCCUCAUGUAUUGGUGGCUUCCAUGUCCAAUUUUCUCUUUGGGUAUCACAUUGGAGUGAUGAAUGGUCCUAUUGUUUCUGUUGCCCGAGAACUUGGUUUUGAAGGGAACCCAAUUCUGGAGGGACUUGUGGUCAGUAUAUUUAUUGUUGGUGCGUUUCUUGGAAGUAUAUGCUCUGGGUCAAUAGUGGAUAAAAUUGGCUGUAGACGGACCUUUCAAAUUGACACCAUUCCUUUAAUUCUCGGUGCAUUAAUAAGUGCACAAGCCCAUUCCUUGGAUGAAGUAAUUUGGGGAAGGUUUCUUGUUGGCCUUGGUAUAGGUGUGAAUGCAGUUCUUGUACCAAUUUAUAUCUCGGAGAUUGCUCCAACCAAAUAUCGGGGUUCACUGGGAAGCUUGUGUCAAAUUGGUACAUGCCUUGGAAUUAUUGCGUCACUUUUUCUUGGCAUUCCCUCUGAAUCUGAUCCACACUGGUGGAGGUUGAUGCUUUACACUGCAAGCGUCCCAGGAUUUAUUCUUGCACUUGGUAUGCAGUUUGCAGUGGACAGUCCCCGUUGGCUAUGUAAAGUUGGGAGGAUGAGUGAUGCUAAAGCAGUUAUCCAAAGCCUUUGGGGAGAAUCUGAAGUUGAAAGAGCAAUUGAAGACUUCCAGUCGGUAAUCAAGGAUGAUGGAAGUGAUAUGGAGAGCAGAUGGUUGGAACUCUUGCAGGAACCGCAUUCUAGAGCUGCGUUUAUUGGAGGUGCCCUCUUUAUACUUCAACAGUUUUCAGGUAUAAAUGCGGUUCUUUACUUUUCUUCUUUGACCUUUCAAGAUGUUGGAAUUACAAGUAGUGCUUCAGCAAGUGUGCUUGUCGGUAUUACCAACUUUGCAGGUGCACUGGGUGCUUUAUACUUGAUUGAUAGACAAGGGAGACAGAAACUCUUAAUUGGAAGUUAUUUAGGAAUGGGAGUUUCUAUGUUGCUUGUGGUCUUUGCUAUAACUUUUCCAUUAGAUGGGGAACUCGGUCAUAAUUUAUCAAUACUGGGAACUCUUUUGUAUAUAUUCACCUUUGCAGUAGGAGCUGGCCCAGUUACUGGUCUUAUCAUACCAGAAAUCAGCAGCAGCAGGACACGUGGGAAGAUUAUGGGGUUCAGUUUUUCUACACAUUGGGUUUGCAAUUUCUUGGUGGGUUUGUUCUUUCUUGAAUUGGUGGAGAAAUUUGGAGUUGCUCCAGUUUAUGCUUGCUUUGGUGGAACCUCCUUGUUGGCAGCAGUAUUUGCUACAUACUUCGUAGUUGAAACUAAAGGCCGCUCACUUGAGGAAAUUGAGAUGUCGCUGAACCCCAACACCAUUACUAGAGAAAAGUGAACCUUUUUGUGCCCAAAAUGAAGCAGAGUUUAGAGAAGAUGAACUGCCAUGAUUGAUCAAAUUGCCAACAUGUUUUUUGUAGGAAGAACACCGGCUUUCAUGUGCAUAUAAAGUAUAAUCUUUUGCUCACCAACCCGAUUCUGUAAAUGGCUUUUUUUCUUUUUUUCUUUUUUUUUUUUUGUGAAAAUUUAUAAAAUCAAAAUUCAUUGUUGAAUUGGGAUUUUUAGAUUGAUUGGAA